AUGGUUUCGGAUCGCAACGCCGAACUCAUCAACCUCCUCGACCUUGCCAUGGCGCCUGCGGCCGCAGAAGAGUCGGCAGUUGGUGAUUUCGCCGUCGAGCUCCUCAAAUGUCUCGGCUACGUCAAACGUCAUCGCGUCGCUCGCACUCGCAAGCACACACCCUUCUUUAUCUGCGGCGAAUGGAGGCAUGCCAAGACAGACGUCUGCCUCGUCGACCGCCAGCAACACGAUAUUCUCUUUCUUGUCCAGGAAGACAAACGGUUUCCUUUGGACAGUAACCCUUGCGACCCUGGACCACAGCUGAUUGCUGAGGCGAUCGCUGCGUUCGAGCACAACAACCUACUGCGAACUACGGCGGGAUUGCCCGCUCUCGAAUCAAAGGUCCGUCCACUAAUGUCCCGAAGGCAUGUGGUAUUGACACAAUCAUCGUGUAGAUCAUGCCCGGCAUCACCCUAG